GUCUUCCACCCCACUGCCUGCGGACUGAAGCAGUCGCUAGAGUUUCUUCGUCGUCUGCUUUUAGUGCUUUCUGUAAGCAGCAGGGUUUUAGGUUAAAAGCCCGAGCAGCCUCUAGAAAGGAAAGAGGGGGAAAGUUUGAAAAGGUUUCCGUGUCUCCUGCGCAAAAAGAGGAUUUAAUGCCGAACUGAAGUUCUGAGCGCAAAAAGUUGUGAAUGCAUAAGCUCUGUGAGGUGGACUGAUUGACUCCAGACUGCUUUGCUUACUAAUUUCUCUAAUAAGAAGGAAAAGGCUUUUGUCGCUCCUGUUGCGCACCGCACGCGCAGCGCGUUUGUUUGCGCUCUUGUCAAGUUAUCGAAUGUUUAAUUGACACCUGUUGCGUGACGUCGUAAUGCUCUGUAGCCCGGUAAGUGUAUCAAAACUUUAAAAACUUGAACUCGAGUGAUUUUCGGGGGACUUUUUUUAUUCUUCUUCUUCAGUGGACAGCGCCGGACUGUUUUGGAGUAUGUUCUUGAAGUGAAUGAAACACAGAAAAGCACUGGAAACGCAAAUGCCAUGUUGAAUUGAUCGGAGUUGGAAUUGUUUCAUAUUUACAGAAGUAACUCCUACUUUGUAUGCGCUUCGAAAGAACAUCACGUAGAGCAGAAGACCAAGUUCAGCUGUCAGGACUUCAGCUCUGGAACUUUGGAGGAACUUUUGGAGACCUGCACUGAAAGGAUAGAUCGAGAUCUGCAAACGAAGGAGGCUCUUCACGUUUCCAUUUCUUGGACGAGAAAGGAUGGAUGUGAGAAGGACCCAAGGACACCUACUUUUGGCAGUGACCCUCAUCGUCUGCAACUCUCAGCUGCUGGUGGUCGCCCACUCAUGGUGGUCAUUAGCCAUGAACCCCAUCCAGAGACCAGAGAUGUACAUUAUUGGAGCACAGCCUCUGUGCAGCCAGCUGACGGGCCUGUCUCAGGGUCAGAGGAAGCUCUGCCAGCUCUAUCAGGACCAUAUGGUUUAUAUCGGAGAGGGUGCAAAGACAGGCAUCAAGGAGUGUCAGUAUCAGUUCAGGCAGAGGAGAUGGAACUGUAGCACGGUGGACAACACGUCUGUGUUCGGCCGAGUCAUGCAGAUAGGCAGCAGAGAAACAGCUUUUACUUACAGCAUCAGCGCAGCGGGUGUUGUGAAUGCAGUGAGUCGGGCGUGCCGUGAGGGUGAGCUUUCCACCUGCGGCUGCAGCCGAGCAGCUCGUCCCAAAGACCUCCCGAGAGACUGGCUAUGGGGCGGCUGUGGGGACAAUGUCAACUAUGGAUACCGUUUCGCCAAGGAGUUUGUGGACGCCCGCGAGCGUGAGAAAAACUACCCGCGUGGAUCUGUCGAACAGGCACGCACGCUUAUGAACCUACAGAAUAAUGAAGCCGGGAGAAUGGCAGUGUACAAUCUGGCCAAUGUUGCAUGCAAGUGUCAUGGAGUCUCCGGUUCGUGCAGUCUGAAAACCUGUUGGCUCCAGCUGGCUGACUUCCGUCGAGUGGGAGAGUUCCUGAAAGAGAAAUACGACAGCGCCGCUGCCAUGCGCAUCAGCCGACGAGGCAAACUGGAGCUGGUCAACAACCGAUUUAACCCCCCGACGAAUGAGGACCUGGUGUACAUUGACCCCAGCCCAGACUACUGCCUGCGUAACGAGACCACCGGCUCUCUGGGCACCCAGGGCCGUCUGUGCAACAAGACCUCAGAGGGCAUGGACGGUUGCGAGCUCAUGUGCUGCGGUCGUGGUUAUGACCAGUUCAAGACCUACAAACACGAGCGCUGCCACUGCAAGUUUCACUGGUGCUGCUACGUCAAGUGCAAGCGCUGCACGUCGCUCGUAGACCAGUUUGUGUGCAAGUAGCAGCUUAGGGACGGGACAGACGCCCUGGAGAGGCACUGAGCAAUUAGCGGGAGAAGAACGGGACCCUUAACGGACCCAGAGGGGGAACUUAGAGAUAAUUAAAUGUAAAAUGAUUUAUUAAAUAGCAAGAAAUUAAACUAUAUAAAUAAUUGUACGUGUGCCAUUGAUAGUAAUUUAAUGACCUUUCCUGACUCAAGAAUAAAAAGUUGGACGUCAUUGAUGAAAAGGAGGCACCGGUGGCUCAAGCUGUUGUUCUCUUGUUUUUUUUAAUUCAGAGCAGUACAAACUCUUUGCUUGUUCUAAAAAGAAGAGCCUACGAACUCUUUAGAGACUCGAAAAAAGGGAGAGAGGCAGAAAGAGUACAGAGAACAACGGCUCAUCGCCCAUUGUCUUUUCCAGACCUUCGGUCCGCCGCUGAUUCUCCUCCAAAAACACACUCCACCUUGCCAAUAUCAGAGCUCUUAAGAACCUUGAGUCAGAGAAUUGUGGAAUUAUCGGACAUUGUGUUCCAUGAUGAGAACAGAAUGCUGCCUGUUACCCGUCACACAAACAUUUCUGCUAAGAGAUGUUUGAAAGAUGAAACCAUAAAUGAGUAAGAAUGUUUUUACCUGAAUUGGAGCAACACACACACCUUUUAUCCAUUUUUAUUCUACCAAAAUCAUUUGAUUAGUAUCCUACGUAUAGGCUUUAAAAAAUCUGUUAUGAACCUUUGAUGCAUUUCAGAAGCUUCUGUAGCCUACAUCAUAUCUUGAAAUGACAUCUAAUCUAGAGCAGAGAAUAUUGUUUUGGUUCUGUCACUGUCUUUGUCAUUGUUGGUUGAAACGGUUCAAAGCCUCCUGGAAUAAAUGUGUGUCUGGUAAAUGAAAAUAGGUUGAAAAAAAUCAAGGCUACAUAAGGACUGCAAAAACUAUUAUUGUAACCAAAUACUAGUGGUUCAGAUUAUAUUUUAUUAAUUCCUUCUCAUUUUAUACAUCAUAUGUAUUGUUCUGAUUACUAUUUUUUGAUAAAGAUGCUUUUAACUGGGAAUUUAUAUGCUAACAGAGAAGAUAUUACUGGCCACUGGAUGGAACGGGCGAUCAUAGCCAAACUCUCUCACCGUCAGGCCACAGAACAAGACAAAAAUAUAUUUAGUUAAUUCCUGAGUGUUUUACAGGAAAACUACACUUGUAAAUAACAGUCAGUCAGUCAUGUAUGCCAUUAACACUUACAAUCUCUUUGACCUGUCACUCCACUGUUUGUUUGCUGCCCUGUGCUUGUUGUAUUCCCCCUCAUUCAAACCAGUAAUAUUAAAAAUAUAAAUAGUGACUAUUA